CGAAAAAUGUAAGUAAUUUUUAUAAAUAACAACAAAAUAAUCGAAAAUAACUCCAACUUUUUUAUUUUCAAGGAGUAAAACAACAAAUAGAAUGCAAUGCGAGUUGCUUUUGAAUAAAAUGCAAUUACACCCCGAUAUCGCCAGAGGCUAUUCAAAGGAAAAUAAAGAUAAAAUUUCAGAGUUCUGGACGACAACGGCAAAUGAUCUAAACAGUGCAGGGCCUCCAAUAAAGUCAAAAACUGAGUGGAAAAAGGUUUGGAAUGACCAGAAAAGAUAUGUAAGGAAAAAGGCGACGGAAAAUAAAGCGAACCAAAGAGCAACCGGAGGUGGCCCUAAUAAAACAGUCAAGUACACAGACGUGGAAGAAGCUAUAUUACAGCUUAUAGGUGUUAACGAAGCUGUGGAAGGUUUUGGCUCACCCUUCGGUUUGCCUCCCCCUGAGAAAAAAAGAAAAACUGACGUAGCCGAAGAGAAUGGAGAUGAUCAAAAUUCAUUAGAGGAUCUAAUGGAAUAUUUACAUGAAGGUGAUGAUACUUGUGAUAAUAUUCAGGAUGGUGUUCCUUGCGGAACCGAAACCAAUGACGUCAGGAAUGCAUCAACAAAUCUUGAGCCAUCAACAUCAAAACCAACACAACCAAGAAACUAUAAGACUGCUCGGCUCACGACAAAUGAUCUCAUCUAUGAAGAGCUCAAAGUCCAAAAAGAAAUAAGCUCGAAUAUUUUGGAAGUUGUUGGUGUUCUAAAAGAACACAAUACUGAUACUCAAAAUGGUUUUAAAAAAAUCUACCGGUCUCUGGACCGUAUUUGUGAUUUCUCCAAACAGAGACUAAAGGAAGAAAAACGUCACCACGAAGUAAUUGAAGCAUUUCGUAAGCAGGAACUUGAAAGAAGAACUUGAAAUG